CUCUGGCCCUAUAAAAAUAGCUCUUCAGAUUUGUUUAGUGCCUCCUUGUUACCCACCCAUCUAGCGGAGCUUCAUCUCGUUGCUCCUCCGAAUUCGGGAAAAAUGGGGCUCACUUUCACAAAGCUGUUCAGCCGGUUGUUUGCGAAGAAAGAAAUGCGUAUUCUAAUGGUUGGUCUUGAUGCGGCUGGUAAGACCACCAUAUUGUACAAGCUCAAGCUUGGCGAGAUUGUCACCACUAUCCCCACUAUUGGAUUUAAUGUGGAGACAGUCGAGUAUAAGAACAUUAGCUUCACUGUUUGGGAUGUUGGUGGUCAGGACAAGAUCCGGCCUUUGUGGAGGCAUUAUUUCCAGAAUACUCAGGGUCUUAUCUUUGUCGUCGAUAGCAAUGAUAGAGAUCGUAUUGUGGAGGCCAGAGAUGAGCUUCACAGGAUGCUGAACGAGGAUGAGCUGAGAGAUGCUGUUCUGCUUGUGUUUGCCAACAAACAAGAUCUUCCAAAUGCAAUGAACGCUGCUGAGAUCACUGAUAAGCUGGGUCUUCACUCCCUCCGACAACGCCAUUGGUACAUUCAGAGUACUUGUGCUACAUCUGGGGAGGGGCUUUACGAGGGGUUGGACUGGCUCUCAAACAACAUUGCUAACAAGGCCUGAAAAGUUAAGACUGUAGGUUUUGGUUUCUUGUGAUUUUGCGGCAACAGGCUUAUAGUUUUCGAAUGGUUGGGGUGACAAUGAUGUAGCUGUUACUAUCUCGUAAUGGCGUGCGUCGGGAAAGCUAUCAUACUAAUACACCCCAAUCUACUUGUCCGACUGUUAUGAGUUGUUUUCUUGAUCCAAAUACAUGACAAACAUAUUGUGUUGUUCUCUUAUCCCUGACUAGUGAUAUGCAUGUUAGCCUGUGGAUUUUGAAUUCUAAUUUGUUGGAAUGGAUAUCUGGGAUUUGAAGAAGUGAAUUUACUUAAAGAGAACAGAGAUGUCAAAUUAGGAAUA